GUCAACUGGAGGAAACUCCUCCCAGCAGACAGCGCGUCCUGUCGCCUUUCAAGCGCAAUGGUCUCGUGGAUCAUCUCUAGACUUGUGGUACUUAUCUUCGGUACACUAUAUCCUGCAUACUCAUCUUAUAAAGCUGUGAAGUCGAAAGAUGUGAAAGAAUACGUAAAAUGGAUGAUGUACUGGAUCAUAUUUGCCCUAUUCACCGCUGUGGAAGUGUUUACAGAUAUGUUUCUUUGCUGGAUUCCUUUCUACUAUGAACUGAAGAUAGCCUUUGUGGUGUGGCUGCUGUCCCCUUACACUAAGGGCUCCAGUGUGCUGUACAGGAAGUUUGUUCAUCCCACGCUUUCCUCAAAAGAAAAGGACAUUGACGAGUAUAUCUGCCAAGCCAAGGACAAAAGCUAUGACACACUGGUGCAUUUUGGGAGAAAAGGGCUGAAUGUUGCCGCCACAGCUGCCGUCCUGGCUGCAACAAAGAGCCAAGGGGUUUUGUCAGACAGAUUGAGGAGCUUCAGUAUGCAGGAUCUGUCUUCUUGUGAGUCUGACUCCAGUAAAACCGCCCCUGACACUUCGCAGCCUGCAGCAGCAGCACAAACUCGAACCAGGUCCAUGAUGCGCAGCAAGUCGGAGAGCUGUAACAAGGCCUCCUCUUAGAGUCUUAAGGCCUCUCACAAGAUCCAGGAGUGCUUUCCCCGAACAAUGAAGCCAUGUGAAACUGUCCUAAAGACUCCAGCUGCCUUCGCUGCAAGAAGUAAAAAUAUGAAUGGCCAAAAGCUACAUGACUGAAGCAGCCUUGCUUUGGAAUAAGGUAUUACCAAAGUGACCUAUGAUGACCCCUCUAUUUAUAUAACAUCUUGUGGCUCAUGAUUUGAAAAACAUUGAGGGUUGUGACAUCGAGUGCAUAUGAAUGAAUGGUUUCCAUGCUGAUAGACAUUUUUGAUUUGAUGGGUUAUUUUAUAUGUUUUUAUGUACGGUGUGUGUGUACUUCAUCUUUCUGAUUUGAUUGUUUUUAUAUAUCAGGUUUGGAUAGGCAAUUGCAUGCGUGUCUUCUCAGCCAUUGGUCCGCUGUUAACUAACAGAAUGUAGUUUCAUGAAUGCCGGAGUGAGAGUGACAUGGUCAAUGUAAGAGAAUGUAGUAAAAGCCAAUGUUCAAUAGAAAACAAAUGUCUUACCCCCAUUCAAUCUGUUCUAUAGAAGCAUCUAUGAUCAGCUGUAUUCUGCACUGAUUAAUUCUCAUAUUAUUCAAAAAUCACUCUUCUGAGUUUAAACAUCCUACCUUUUGUAACACUGAACACCAGUGGCAGACAAUAUUUUGUUACGCACCUCUCUAUUAAAGCCUUAAAGAAAGACGUAACAACCUAAAAUGUCUCAACAUAAGUAUUUCUAACAAAUAUGUUCUCAUUAAACAAUCAUUUUGCACUAUGUUUACUAUUUAAAAAGGCUGCCCUCAAUGCUCCUAAAUGGCCCAAAAAAUACAUAAACAUGUAUUCAUAACAAAUUAAUAGCUGAAUAUUAUCACUAAAACUUUAUUAUUUCUUUUUUCUGUGGUAAAAGUAUUCACACCACAGAAAAAUGAAUUCACAGGAGGUUAUGUAGUGUACCGUUUUUGACAAUCUACUGUUCAUUUUGUAAGCAUUUAACUGAUCAUUCAUUUGGCAAUGGUCGGCCAUUUAGGAAUAUGUUACUUUGAGCUUUAGCAGAAAUAGGGUAUACCGUGAGUAAAUAUUUAUUAAAUAUAUAUAAAUUAAAUAUAAACAUGGUUAUUUUUCCGUGUUUGAAAUCACUGUGUAGUGCUCUGCUGUUAACGGAGCAACACUAAACCCAACAAUCUUCUGCUCCCUGAUUUUUAAAAAUUCAUUAGUGACUUUAUUAGUUUACAAACUUACAUUUAAGUUUAAAUUGCUUGUUGAUACACUGUAUGUUUUCAUCCUUUACUUAAUUCACUGAGCCUGGGACAAAGCAACAUUUCACACAAUAUCACUGUGUUGGUUGUCGAUGGAUAGACUUCUGCCAUAGAUCUAUAAUUUUCAUCUUUGUAUCGGUUUCAUUAAGAGUCUGAAGUUUGAAACGAAAGCUUCUCAGGUACAACUGUUCUGUUUACACGUCACUCACUCUGAUGUUGUAGAUACACUUAUGCACAUAAAUUGUCCUUUUAAUGGACUUUUGGUGAAAAAAAUGAAACAGGAAAAAUCGAUUAUGUGUUUCAACGUUAGUAGUAUCAGUGUUAGUGAUGGAUGUGAUAUCCUAUUAAAAUUCAUGCAAAGCAAAAGAGAAAAAAAAUGUUGCUAAGAAGCAGAUUUGUAUACAUGUGCGUAAACUGAAACUCAUCAUUGCAUGAUGUUUGUUAUUAAUUUGUAUGAACAUUUGAUUCAAGUGAUUUUGCUAAGACACCUUGCAGGUAAACAGUGAAUCAUUUUUGUCAUGUUCUGUUGCUUUGUAGAAAGAAUAUGAAAUGUUCUGACUAUACAUCCAUGUUGGCUAUACAUAUGAAUACUGUCUUAUUUACUGGUAAAUUUGCCACUUUGACUUCAUUCAUGAGGAGAUACCACUUAAGUUAUCCUAAGAAAUGUAGUUCUGGCAGGCCAGAAUGUCAAAAUAAUUCAAAUUCAACCUUAUUGUGAAAUACAAAACUAAAGUGAAGUGAUGAAAUGAUGGUUAAUCGCUAUCAAUUAAUUGUUCUACUGGGUUAAAUAUUUCUGUUAAAAUUGAUUUACAGCCAUUAAAAACUAAGUAAAGAAUUGA